CGCGCAGAAAGGUCUGGAGGCCCUGCCUCGGCUCCGGGACUUGGCGAACAUGGCGCAGCUUGCCGCUGCCGGGCAGGCGGCGCGUGUCUUCGUCCAGAAGCUGAGGCAGCCGGCGGGGGGCCUGCCCAAGGCCGCGGCGUAGAAGCGAGGCCCUCGGGCUGCUGAAUGUGUGCGCAGGGGCCCCCCGAUUGGCCGCGCCGCAGCCGGCGGGCAGGCCGGGCAACGAACAAGGGCGGGCCAGCGGCAAGCACCUCGCCCCAAGGCGGGCAAACAAAAGCCCGCGGAAACCCGCAAGGAAAAGCGCGGGGGGGGGCCGGCCCGGCAUCUGGGCAGUAUUUUGAGCGAACUACAGGGGGCGCGCGGCGGCAUGGGAUUGGGAAGAGGUGUCGCUCCCCCGAUGGAUUCCGAUGGGGGGGACAUCAGCGCCGCGGGCUUAAGGUGCAUGCAAGCAUGGGCAGCAUUGGAGUCGGCGAGCGACGAGCACGCCCGCCGCGGGUAGCCUGGCCCGGAGUUGGUGAUGACAAAGAUGGGAAGAAGAAGCCUGGCCGAUUUUGCUCAUUGUCCCCAAGGGCAGGGCCGGCCGGCUACGCGGCGCGGCGCUCGCAAGGAAGCCCGCCCGCAAAGUGCUCGCCGAGCCCGCCCGCGAAGAGGCAGAACACGAACCCGACAGCGAUAUCGGGCAGCGAGGUGUGAUCGAGCUGCUGGCCGUUGGUUUUCCGGGCCGCCGCCCGGCCGGGGUGUGAGUGUGUGAAACACACACGCCGGGCGCUGUGUGUGUAUCUA